AUGGCGUCUUAUUCGGACAACGUCAACAUGCCCCUCCAGCGGUCCGGCGAACACAAUGAGAUGACACCGCCUAGGGCUAACAAGGGCAAUGUCGCGCACGCCCAGCCGCCGUCGGGGAUGCUUGAUAGCGCGAACACCGGCUCGUCGGCGCCACCGAUUUCGCACCAACUUUCUCUGGAGGAGCUUCCUGUAUUGGCACCGCUGUCAUUGGGCCAACCCGCUCCGCAACACGCCGCGAUGCAACAGCGCAUGGAGGGCACACUUUUAGAUUCAGAGGCUUCUCCAAAGUACGGCUCGUCGCUCAGGGUUCACACCCCCACCUUGACUCCGACCUUGUCCUCCGUCACGCAGGGGUUCGCUUCAGGGGAAUUCCCGUCGCCAUACUUGCCACACCGGCACAGCGACACUUACGAGAAGCUGCUGCCACCCGAUGCCCUCGGCGCUCGGCAGCUCAUCGACUAUAUCUUCACCCCUCCCUCCCCUGGGCGCCCAUACAGUUCUCUGUGUCUGCCCUCCGUUGUGGACAAACCCUCCCCGCAUGAGAUAGGCUGGCCGAUGCCGUUGCCUGCCGAGCCAGUGAACUUAAGGUCAGGGCGGCGUCUUGUCUUCUUUGGCAAGGGCCAGCAACCCCGAUUUGUGUUGGCGGAGCGAAGGAACCGCUUCAUUGCAGUGAUGCCUAGACCAAUCCUAUCCGACACAUCUGCAGCAGUCGUUGGUGCCGCACCUGAGCUCGGGUACACUGGCGCAGGUACUGGCUACACGUCCUACGGUACGGUGCUAGGCUACUCCGAUGAUAACACGAAGAUUGUGUGGAACAAUCGGUCGGAGCGGUUUGCCAGCUACGUGUCGCUCUCCAGUAUCCAGACGAUCCAUCGUGCCUCCGCCAUGCAGUGCAAGCACUGCGGGUUUGUGCUGCUCAAGCAAGAGCUUCGGGAGCACAUGAGCACGCACAAGAAAGGCUCCGGCGUUGAAUACGGUGUCUUCACGGACGAUGAGUCGCUCGGUAUGCUGUGCGGUGAUUCGGGGCUCAUGCAGAAUCUGACCUCUCCGCGCCGGCUGGGUAAGGGCGCGCAGGGUGUUGUGGACCUGAUGAAGGUGGCACAGCCAACGACGGCGGAGGUCGCGCAGGCUGGCCCAUCGAGCGCGGCAUACCGCUUCAUCAGCGAGCAGCUUUCUCGCGAGACUCGACUGGAGAAGGUGGUGCUGAAGUCGAUGCAGUUCAGCACCGAGGCGAAGGCCCUGGAUGAGUACCAGAAGUCUGUCCGCUUCAUGACGGUAAUGAAGUAUCCUCACCUCGUCGAGUACCUAGCCGUGCAGCUGAGACCAGAUCACCGCACUGUCUGCAUUUGUAUGCCCUAUUAUGAAGAGGGAGACGUGGGGGCGAUGAUCCGCAACUUCCGUGGAGACCACUUCGACGAGAGCUUCGUCUGCUCGGUUGGCCUCCAGCUUUCUCUCGCCCUUGGCUUCCUGCACGAGCGCAACCCGCCGAUCGUCCACGGUGACUUGAAGGUGGAAAACGUCAUGUUUUACAACCAUAAGCAGCAGAUUGUGCUGAUGGACCUGGAUGGUAGUCGCGAGGUACUGGGUGGAUGCCAAGAGGCGGUGCAGUCGUCCCUGGGUACCGCCGCGUACAUGGCACCAGAGACGCUAAAGGUAGAGCGACUCAUGCCUUCGUCCGACAUGUGGAGCCUGGGUGUGCUUCUCUAUGUCCUCACCGUGCUUCCGGACUUUCCGAUGAUUUUGAAUCCCAACACCCAAAACCUUGACCUGCUCAACGCGGACUGCUGGGCCACCAAGGAGGACCUGUGCGUAAUGGAGUCCUACUUCAGCGCCCUGAGCGGUGGUUGCUCUAGGGUUUCGUCCGUUGCGGCCGGCGGUGGCAACAGUGGUAUCACCUUGGGAGAGUGUGUGCGGGUAAAUGUCACACGUAAAGGGUACACCCCGGAGUUAGCGCAGCUUAUUGUGGAUUUGCUUUCCUACAACCCGCUGAAGCGGCCCACAGCAGACACGGUGGGGAGUCGCCUGGCAGCGAUCAUGACGGACUACCUGCUGCAAAUCUAG